GCUGCUGAGGUUCUCAGCUGAAGGUCGUUCCCCGGCUGAGAACCGCCGCCUGAUAACCAGCAGGCCGAGCUGGACAAACCCCGGCCUCUGAUUGGAGGAGCCGGUCUGCGUUUGGGGGAUAAAAAGGCGGCCCUGGUCCUGCUUCGACGUCAGAUAGUCAUCAUGGCUUUCCUCUGGGUCGUCUCCUGCCUCGCCUUCGUCAGCGCCGCCUACGGCUGCGGUACUCCCGCCAUCCCCCCCCAGGUGUCCGGCUAUGCCCGCAUCGUCAACGGUGAGGAGGCGGUGCCUCACUCCUGGCCCUGGCAGGUCUCCCUCCAGCAAUCCAACGGCUUCCACUUCUGCGGAGGUUCUCUGAUCAACGAGAACUGGGUCGUUACUGCCGCCCACUGCAACGUCAGGACUUACCACCGUGUGAUUCUGGGAGAGCAUGACAAGGGCUCCGGCUCCAACAGCGAGGACAUCCAGGUCCUGAAGCCCGCCAAGGUGUUCACCCACCCCAGGUGGAACCCUCGCACCAUCAACAAUGACAUCAGCCUCAUCAAGCUGGCCACGCCCGCCCGCCUGGGCACCACCGUCUCCCCCGUCUGCCUGGCCGAGACCUCCGACGUCUUCGCCCCCGGCAUGACCUGCGUGACCACCGGCUGGGGCCUGACCCGCUACAACGCUCCCAUGACCCCCAACAAGCUGCAGCAGGCCGCCCUGCCCCUCCUGUCCAACGAGGAGUGCAAGAAGUUCUGGGGCAGCAACAUCUCUGAUGUCAUGAUCUGUGCCGGAGGAGACGGAGCCACUUCCUGCAUGGGCGACUCUGGCGGCCCCCUGGUCUGUGAGAAGAACAACGCCUGGACUCUGGUGGGCAUCGUGUCCUGGGGAAGCAGCCGCUGCUCCAUCUCCACGCCCGCCGUGUACGCCCGUGUCACCGAGCUGCGCGCCUGGGUGGACCAGACCCUCGCCGCCAACUAA